AGUAUGCAUUACAUGACCCUGUAAUGUGCGUGUAAUUUACGAUAAGAUCUCCCUGCUUAGGACGGUGUGUUUACCUGUAUCCUCCCCCCCAUGCCUCUCCCGGAUUGGUUCCGCCCUCACCUGUGACUCACUUCCCUCUCCACCCAGGUGAUUCUCCUGGAACUUUCCCGGCACCAGCUGGGGUCUCGGCUGAGACAACCAGGACUGUUAUGCAUACCCUCAGCUUAAUGGCUGUCAUCAGUCAAUGACGUCAUGCUGCGGAUAGAUAAUUUGCAAUUUUGUUUCAUUAAUUGGUGAAGACAUAACACUGCAAUGGCGGACCUUACCUCAGGAGACCUAGCCUCCAAACCUCCAGACCUCUGCUCUGAGUGUGGGCAGGCUCACCUCUUCAAUGAGAACCAUGUCUACAAUUUCCAGGAUGAGGUGGAUGAUGAACUGGUUUGCCACAUCUGUCUUCAGCCCCUGCUGCAGCCUAUGGACACUCCAUGCGGUCACACCUAUUGUUACAGGUGCCUGAAAAACUUUCUAAAGGAGAAAGACUUUUGUCCCAUGGACCGUAAAAAGCUUUGCUUCCAGGACUGUCACAAGUCCAGCCUGCUUGUGAGGAACUUGCUGGAUAAGCUGAGUGUGGUCUGUCCCUUCCUAACAGAAUGCAAACAGGUCAUGCAGCGUUCAGACUUGGAGCCUCAUCUUCGCAACAGAUGUCCAGGCUAUAGGAAAUACAGAGGAGAGAAGGAAAAGAAGCACAACCCUUCAGGGAAGGAACCUCAGGAUGCACAUUCUUCUCCAUCUCAGGCAAGCAGCAUCUCCUCUGUCCUGGCAGAAUCUUCUCUGGCCGCUGUCGUGGCACUUGGAACAUCUGAGCCAGGUCUGGUGAAUCCAGCCUUUGAUGAACAUGACGACGAUCAGCCUCACAGGACAAGCUUGGUAGCUGAGACGACAACUGUGGUGAUUCAUCGAGAUGACCCUGAGGAGGAGCUUGGGAUGAGGAUUGUAGGCGGCAGGGACACUCCUUUAGGGAACAUUGUGGUGCAGGAAGUUCUAAAAGAUUCAUUGGUGGCCUUAGAUGGCAAACUGACACCAGGAGACCACAUACUUGAGGUCAAUGGAUUGAACGUCAGCAACGUGUCUCACAGUCAAGCUAUUGCUUUAAUUCGCCAGCCUUGCUCCGUCCUGCACCUGACCGUGCUGCAGGAGAAAGGCUUCUCUCAGAGACCUCCACAGGCAGACGGCAACAACACGGCUGUUCCCAACAAGGAGGUGAUUCAUGUCACCCUGCUGAAAAGGGAUCGCUCAGAGCCACUGGGAAUCAAGCUGGUCAGAAAGACAGAGGAGACUGGGGUAUUUGUUCUGGAUCUGCUGGAUGGUGGUCUUGCGGCAAAGGAUGGGAAGCUGAGGUGUAAUGACAAAGUUCUGUCCAUCAAUGGCCAUGAUCUGAGGCAAGGGACACCAGAAACAGCAGCACAUGUAAUACAGAUGAGCGAAGCACGGGUGAAUUUUGUGGUCCUCAGGCAGAACCCAGUGCAGCUCAUGGACGUAAGUGAAGAGGGGGCUUCUUCUGGCAGUGGCAGUAGUAGCAGCAGCAGUAGCAAUGGGGGGAGCCCUGUGCUUUCGCGCAAGAGACCCAGUCAGCAUCCAUGCAGGAGGAAGUCCACAAACCAGAAGGACCCACCUCAGCCUCUUUCUGGUCUGGAAAAGGUAGUUUGCUUGAAGAAAGAGCCAAGAGAAUCUCUGGGAAUAACUAUAGGAGGCGGACGUGAUCAUAAAAACAAGUUGCCCAUCUAUGUGUCCAGUGUUCAGCCGGUUGGGUGUCUGUACCGGGAUGGGAGAAUCACGAGAGGGGAUGUGCUCCUCAGCAUUAAUGGGACUGAUCUAACUUCUCUGGGUUAUUUGGAUGCAGUGUCUGCUCUUAAGACCAAUGCAGCUUCUCAUAAUGUUGUCCUGAAAGCCUUAGAGCUUACUGGGGUAGAGAGGCACGGGGAGGUAAGCGAUGGAGAUGGUGAAAUGUCAAGAGAACGUGGCAGGAUCUGGUCUCCACUCUGGGUCUCCUGGCUUGCUCUUCCCAGUUGUCUUCACUGGUGUCGGCAUAUUUCCCUGCGGAAGAGUAGCUAUGAAAGCUGGGGUUUCAGCAUUGUUGGCGGUUAUGAGGAAGCCAAAGGGAAUCAGCCAUUCUUCAUUAAAACGAUUGUGCCAGCCACGCCAGCCUUUUUUGAUGGACGAUUGAAGUGCGGUGACGAGAUCGUAGAAGUGAAUGGCUUGUCGGCAAUUGGAAUGAGUAACGCGGAACUGAUCCCCAUGUUGAAAGAACAGAAGAAUAGAGUCACUUUGACAGUGGUGUCCUGGCCUGGCAGUUUGGUUUGAAACCACCGAAGAAUCUUCUGAAGAUCAAGCAAAAUCCUUUUCUAGACUGUUCUCCAAUCAGUGCCUGCAACGUACCUCUGCAUGUUGAAUGAUUUCAUGUCAUUAUAUGGGAAAACAAAUGGCUGGAUGCAGCACCAGCACCUUUCAAUGACAAACAUCCUUGUGCUGUAUGUGGUAUAUACUAGAUUUUAUCCCAUAAUUGAAAAUGUUUGGUCACGAUGUGCCCUGCAACAUUUGAGCUUCAUCUAAACAUUGGCGCUUCCCACCUGAUCUUGGAUAUAUAACAUUGUAGACCCAACAUUAAUUCACGGGACGUAUGAUUUUGCUAGAUCAACAAUUUAAAUGUCUGUGUUUUACAAGGUCCUUGAUCUACAUGAAACAAGAUGGCAGCCUGUGAGUAAAAUGCUGCAAAACAAAGAGCAAAUAGAACAGAGACUUUGGGGCUGGUACCUUGUAACUACAAAAAGAAAUCUACAUUUCUUCACAACACAUAAUAAUGAAGAAGGAUCAGAAUCUAAUAUUAUUAUUAAUGUGCAGACAAAUUAG